AUGUCGAUUCCCAUCUGUAGAUUUCAUCUCGUUCUCGUUGUCUGUUCAUGUCAUGCACUUUGCCUUGCCGAACCCGUAUACAUCCACAGGAUUUGUCGACACCCCCGACGCCAUGUCUUCCGAGAUGACAACCAAUAUAUUCCGAACCUGCCAUACUCAAACAUAGCUGUCAAUGCACGUUUUCCGACCAAUGCACGACGUAGUCUCGCCACUCUGCGAUGGCGCGGUGACUCUUCGGUGGUAUGGCUCUCUUCCUCUAUCUGCGGUGUCUGACGCAUACGGUCAGAUCGGACUUGGACACCGGUCUGCUACGACUGGUAGUGAUAUCGACUGUCGAGGAAGCCAACUUGAAGCCCGAGUUCCGCGGCGAGACAUGCUGCGGGCUCGCAACGAGCGAGAUGCAGUACUGUGGCUGCCUCGAACGUCCCGAAGCCAGAGGAGCGGGCGCGGUGGUGCACGCUACGACCAGUUUGACACGCAGUCGUGUGCCCGGCCAUCGCGCACUACGUUGUCAGUCGCGCCGGCUCCCGCAAGAUGUGUACCUUCGGUGCUCACUGGCGUACCCUGAAUCACGCACAGAGAACAUUGAUGUGCCGAUUCC